UUGUUUUUUGUUCCACAGAGUUGCCGUAAUUACACAGUAUUCACGGGAAAACUUUGAGAAACAAAUGGAACAGAAUGAUGUUUCAGAAGAUACAUUUGCUCCAGGAAAGUACUGGGAGGACGGGAUUACCAUCUUUGAGGGUUUGUCAGCCUCUGGUUUGCGGUCAAUCAGAUUUGCCCUGGAGCUUCCAGGCAUCAAGCAGGUGUUGUCGAACGACAUGAGCCACGAGGCAGUCGAAUACAUCAAACUCAACGUGGGGCACAAUGACGUGGGACACAUCGUUAAGCCUAGUCAGUCAGAUGCUGCUGCAUACAUGUAUAGCUAUGCCAGCAAACGAGAGCGAGAGAAGUUUGAUGUGAUUGAUCUAGAUCCAUAUGGCAGUCCUGCAAUCUUCCUAGAUGCAGCUGUUCAGGCUCUAAAAGAUGGAGGUCUUUUAUGUGUGACUUGCACGGACACAGCAGUUCUAUGUGGGAAUGGGGCUGAAACAUGUUUUGCCAAGUAUGGUGGAAUGUCGCUCAAGGCGAAAUAUUGUCAUGAGAUGGCUCUCAGACUUCUGCUCAACAGCCUCGAAUCACAUGCAGCACAGUAUUCUCGUUACAUCGUACCUGUUCUCUGCAUCAGUGCUGAUUUCUACAUACGAGUGUUUGUGAGAUUAUUCACAAGUGCUAAACGCACAAAAAGCACUGCCAGUAAGAGGGCGCUAGUGUAUCACUGUACUGGCUGUGAAACAUUCAACUUGCAGCACAUGGGGAAGGUGAUAACAACUGAGCAAAACAACACACUGUACAAGAAUAGCACAGGACCACCAGUCACAUUAACAUGUAGGCACUGCUCUAACCCUCAUCAUAUUGGUGGACCUAUGUGGGUGGGACCACUGUAUGAAACUGGAUUCCUCGGUAGAAUCACUGAAGAUGUUCUCGAUCGCUGGGAUGCAUUUAAGACAGCGAAGAGAAUUUUUGGUAUGCUAACCAUGAUGAUUGAGGAAUUACCAGAUGCCCCCUUGUUUUAUGUGCUGGAUAAGAUAUGCAGUGUUGUACAUGUAUCAGCACCAAAGAUAGUAAAAUUCAGGUCCGCAUUGCUGCAUGCUGGGUUUCGUGUAUCUGGCUCUCACUGUAAUAGAGGAGCAAUCAAGACGGAUGCUCCCAGUGAUGCCAUCUGGGAUAUUAUUCGUUGCUUGGCAAAAGAGGAAGGAAAACGAACGAAGGCAAAACCUGGAUCUCAAGCAGAAGCGAUUCUAAACAAAGAGCCACUAUUGAAAGCUAACUUUGAGAAACAUCCUGAUGCCGAGCCAGCAUCAAAGAAAAAAGGUCUCUUGAGAUUCCAGACUAAUCCAGAACCAGACUGGGGGCCAAGACCUAAAGCCAAGAAGAGGCAUGCUGACAUGAGUGAUAUUACUGAAGGUGUAGAGGGGGUGAUGAAACAGGAUGAUGGUGGGGAAGAUAUGAUAACAAAGAGACUGCAGAACCAGGGCAAGAAAAGGAAAAAGAAAAGGCAAGCAAAUCCAGAUGCCCUGAAAAGGUUUCCUUGUAAAAAGAUGAGUCGGGGAGAGUGUACACUGGGAGAGUCAUGCCGCUACUCACACGACUUUGACAAGGUCAGUCGUGUCAAGCCUGCAGGCACAGAGCAGAGUGGUGUGAAAGUAGUGAAAAACUCUGAUGAUCUCUAUGGUAACAAACCUCAUGACUACAAGGAUGGAAUGCUUGCAGAGGAUGUAAGCUUUCAGAGUGACACGCCAGCAUACUACAAGGCGUUCUGAAAUGUUACACAUAAAAUUACUUAAUUCCUUUUGUUGCAUUUCAGUGCUUGUUGUACGUACAAGUUUCAAGCUAAAAUCUUGGUGGUUGUUUAUACUGUUGAAGAAUUAGCCCUGUAAACUUGCAUGUUAACUAGCAUUUACAUGCCAAUAUUUAAUAGAAACUCACAAAUCGGUAAAAGGUGCCACAUUUCCUUAGAAUUAGGUACGUACAUUGUUGAUAAUUUUAUGCUAUGAUUGAAUGAUAAACCUGCACUACAAUUUUCCUUGUACCAUAGCAAUUAAAUACUCCUUCACUAUAGUGAAUAUUGAAAAGUUUUUUUGAAUCUGUCAAACGAAUAUCUUGAAUGUAACGAAUAUUCAAUAUAAUAUUCAGUAUCUUUUAUGAAGUUUACACACAUCUUGAUAAGAUAGCCAGACCUAUAUUUUAGUAUACUUGAUCUUUAUGGACCACAGGAAGAUAAAGCAGAGAAUGGCAUUUAGAUAUUACUGGCAGAGCUUUAGAAAUGACCUAAAUUCUAUCUCGAAUCUCAGCUGUGUUGACAUCAAUGGCUUGAACCCCAAUGUUUGGUUAUGAUUGGCUGGCUGGUUUAAUGGGAUUUAUAUGAAUAUUCAUCUAUUCAUACCAGUGUUAAUGGUUAUUUGUGCUGAGAGGGUCUAUGUCCCCCAGGGUACUGCCGGAACGUACCCUGGGUACGGUCCGGUAUACCGGA